AUGUUUGUGGUGGAUCAGCUUGUUAAUGAUAUUGAAACAUUUGAGAAGGAUGAAGAGGACCAUUCAUUUUCUGAUCAGAACACAGGAGAACAAUCUAACAGUGGUUUUGUGGCACUGCAAGACCAUGAUUACCUGGAAACAUCUCCUUCCACUGAAGAGCAGCUGAAUGCAGCACAAAAGGAGAUUGCUCGUCUGACAAAAGAAAAUGAAAAUUUAAGAAGUCAGCAGUUUUGUCUACAAAGAUUCCAAUGUGAGCCCAAGCUGAUCAUGUUUUACACCGGAUGUAAAGAUUAUGAAACCCUCAAAGCACUCUACCAGUCUCUUCAACCUACAGCACAGUCUCUGGUGAGAUGGACUCAAAUGCAAAGACUUAAUAAAACAGAACAGACUGUAACUGCUGGCUUUCAGGCUCAAGACAUUGGCCUCUUUGACCAGUUUUUCUUGUUUCUCUGCCGUAUGAGGCAGGGGCUUCUUUCCGCAGAUUUAGCAGUAAGGUUUAAUAUCUCAAAGGCCACAGUCAGCAGGAUAUGUAUAACUUGGGCUAACUACCUGUAUUUCAUGCUUGGUACACUACCAGUAUGGCCAAGUAGAGAGGCUGUUGAUGAGCUAAUGCCACCCUGCUUCAAGAAGACCUUUCCAAAAACACGUGUUGUGCUAGAUUGUACUGAGAUCCAUAUUCAAGCAGCAAGUUCAAAAGUUCUGAACACCAUGACAUACUCUCAUUACAAGGGAACCACAACUUUGAAAUCCCUGAUUGGCAUCACACCCUUUGGGACAGUUAGCUUUGUAAGCAACCUAUACACAGGCUCCAUCUCUGACAAGGAAAUCACCAAAGAGUCAGGCAUUCUGAAACUGCUUGAGCCAGGUGAUGAAGUAAUGGCUGAUAAGGGCUUUCUUAUCAAAGACCUCCUUGCUGACAUCAAUGUCAGUCUUGUAACCCCAGCUUUCACAGGGCCAAGCGGACAAUUCAGUAAAUAUGAAAUUACACAUACCCAAGAGAUUGCCCGCUUGAGGAUACAUGUGGAGAGGGCCAUCAGACGCAUCAAGGAAUAUCACAUUUUUGAUGGUGUCCUACCCCUUUCACUCUGUGGUUCAGUCAACCAGAUGUGGACUGUUUGUGCUCUAUUGACAAAUUUCCAAGGACCUCUAUUUUAAAUAAAUAGUUAACUCAAAAAUGAAAAUCUGCUGAAAAUGUACUCCCCCUC